UUCACAGGGCUUUUGCUUCUCACUUCACAGGAGCUGCCAUGACAUUUGCUUCUUGCCUUCGAAAUGCACUAUUAGGCUGAGGAAUUGUAAAGUACAAGCGCUGAGAGGCAGGACAGGAGCAAGGGAAAGGGGAGAUUGCAGCUGGAGAGUAUUAAGAUAUUCUUCUUGUGUUUAAAUUUUUUGGAGGGGGGGGGAUUUUUUUUUGUACAAAAAAUGGCAGCCAACUGUAGUGCUAGUGCCAGCAAGACCAAAACCAAGAAGAAACACUUUGUGGCUCAGAAGGUAAAGCUAUUCAGAGCCAGUGAACCCCUGCUCAGUGUCCUGAUGUGGGGAGUCAAUCACACUAUUAAUGAACUAAGCCAUGUUCAGAUUCCUGUUAUGUUGAUGCCAGAUGACUUCAAAGCAUUCAGCAAGAUAAAAGUGGACAAUCACCUUUUUAACAAGGAGAAUCUCCCAAGUCGUUUCAAAUUUAAGGAGUAUUGCCCGAUGGUUUUUCGGAAUCUGCGAGAGAGAUUUUGCAUCGAUGAUCAGGAUUACCAGCGGUCUUUGUCAAAGCUUCCAACACAGGAGCUCGAAAAAAUAACAGUGAACAUGGGUUUAGUCCGCCAGAACUCAGUAACACGGAGUGCCCCCAUAAACAGUGACACACAGAAUCGGAUGGGUGCUCGAUUCUUAACUACAUAUGACAAGAGAUUCGUCAUUAAAACCAUAACUAGCGAAGAUGUAGCAGAGAUGCACAAUAUUUUAAAAAAGUAUCAUCAGUAUAUUGUGGAAUGCCAUGGUAAUACACUUCUUCCCCAGUUCCUGGGCAUGUACCGGUUAACAGUGGAUGGAGUGGAGACGUACAUGACCGUAACAAGAAAUGUAUUUAGUCACAGACUUACCGUCCACAGGAAAUAUGACCUGAAGGGUUCAACAGUAUCGAGGGAAGCUAGUGGAAAAGAAAAGGCCAAAGAGUUGCCAACGCUAAAAGACAAUGACUUUCUAAAUGAAGGGCAAAGAAUUCAAAUAGGGGAUGAAAAUAAAAAGAUGUUUCUGGACAAACUUAAGCGUGAUGUUGAGUUUUUAGCACAAUUGAAGAUCAUGGAUUACAGCCUGUUAGUUGGUAUCCAUGACGUAGAUCGUGCCGAGCAAGAAGAGGUCGAAGUGGAGGAGAAAGGCGAGGAAGAAGAUUGUGAAAACGAUGGAAUGAGCCAUCCUGUUGGUUCAUAUGGAACCCCGCCGGAUAGCCCUGGAAAUAUGUUGAACUUCCCACGAAUCUUUGGACCAGGGGAGUUUGACCCAACCGUGGACGUGUAUGCUAUAAAGAGCCAUGACAUCAUACUGGCUAAUUUUCCAGAUGCCCCAAGGAAAGAAGUUUUCUUUAUGGCAAUAAUUGACAUUUUAACUCAUUAUGAUGCAAAGAAGAAAGCUGCCCAUGCUGCCAAAACAGUGAAACACGGGGCUGGUGCUGAGAUAUCAACAGUUAACCCCGAACAAUACUCAAAGCGUUUCUUAGAAUUUAUGUCCAACAUCAUAACAUAGUGCCAUGCACCACAUGCUACACGCACAAGAGACUACUGCGGAGUAUCAAAUGCAGCAACGUGGGAAUGACAGUUGGGGACACUCUAGUGGUGCGUGCAGAGACUAAUCUCAAAAUUGCAUCCUUUGGAAACAGAAGAAAAACAACAAAAACAAAACACUUACACACUUAAUGGCAAAUGUGCUUUGCCUCAAAUUUUGCAUUAUUCCAGAAGUUUUCCCUGUCAUGCAUUAGUGUUUUUACUGGCAUUAGUUUCGGCGGCACGCCAUAAGACACAAUGAGAAGUUCUGCAUGUUCGAAAAGCUGAAGGCAGGUGCUCGUGCACAGUGAAAGACAACGGGGCACUUUGGCCAUGGCAAGAAUCACUUCUUUUUGAAGAACAGUUUUGACGUUGUCCAGCCAGAACAGAGACGUGGUGUAUAGCUUGCGUGUAACUACAUAGGUGCACUUACCCAGUCCCUGGUACUGCCACUGUUAACUUGUGCCAUGCUGUUUCUCAAAGCAUUUUUAAGUUGCCAUGUUGUCUAAUUGCAAGAAAAAUAAGACUUUAUAACAGUUAUCAAUAAACCAACGCAUCAAUAUGUAAAUAAAACAUUGUUUGAUUGGGAAUGGGAGGGUUGGCAUGGGCGGAAGAGAAAGGGGAAUGUUUACUAAAAAGUAGUGUAACCUGUACAAUAUGAUGCUGCGUAUCCUGGUUACCCUCGAUCGUGUCUGACUGCAGAAUCUGCCAGUGUCCCAGAGAUCUGACAUGAUCCGGGUAAGUUGAUUGGAUUUGCAGAAUCCCAAAUGUAUUCUAAACAUUUACUUAUUUUUGUCACUUGGCAAGAGGGCUGGUGUUUACUUUAAUGUGGACUACUUGGCUUUUCAAGGGAGUACUGUCUGUAAUAUGUGCUUUAAGCUAUAUUUUUUGUGGACAAUGUGUCAUUCUGUCUUCUAGGUCAAUAGACAUGAGUAAAAGGGUGAUUUUUUUUGAAAUAACUAACUCCUUUGUAAGGAACUUUUUGAAAAAAGAACUCAAUUCUUUUGACAAAGCAUAGAGGUCACUCUUGAAUCUGAUGUUACAAAAAAUUAACUGUGAUAAUGUUGCUUGGUAGAAUUUUGUAAGAAAAAAACUACCUAAUAGAGUGGUGAUUGAAUCCAUAAGGAAUCAGAAAUAUUACAAAAAAAGCUGCAGCAUUAUUGUGCUGUCUUAUUUACGAAAAAAUGCUGGAUGUGUGCAAAUAAAAUAUGCCGGCAGCAGGCAUCAAAUUUGAACCACUUCUGUGUAGUUUGCAGAAAUGAUGGAAGGAAUUGAUUGGCACUUUAACCUUUAACAGAAUUUAGCGUGUGCUGUUAAUUAUGUACAGCAUAACUGAUAUUAACGGAGGAGGUGUGCUUGUUCUGAAUUUGAUCUCGACUGAUUGACCAUUGAAAUGUAUAUGUCUAAAUCCAAACUACAUGUUAAUGUUUGCACCCAUUUAAUGUUUAAACUAUCUCUAACCCAUUACUUUAUAUGGAUGUUUAAAUACAGAACUUUCUUUACUAAAAGGACGGUGGCCAUUUUACAAAGGAUUCUGUUUUAUAUUUGGGAACAAUGGACGUAGGGUGUCAGAGGUGUAACAAUUAACGGUAGUGUAGCGGUUAGUGCAACGCUGUUACAGUUCGGGGCGUUGGAGUCCGGUAUUCGAUUCCAGUGCCUUCUGUAAGAAGUCUGUAUGUUCUCCCAUGACCGUGUGGGUUUCCUCUGGAUGUUCCGGUUUCCUCUCUCAGUCCAAAGACGUACAGGUUAGUAGGUUAAUUGGUCAUUGUAAAUUGUCACAUGAUGAGGCUAACAUUAAAUAGAUGGGUUGCUGGGCAGUGCACCCUUUGGGCCAGAAGGACCUUUUCUGUGCUGUAUCACUGAAUAUUGUUUUUUAAUUACAGGAAAAUUAAUAGUAAUGCAGCUUCUGAUACCCUGUGUUGCUGGAAAACGAAAUGUACAAUUCUUGCACAGUAUAUGUUGUAAUAGAGACUCUGGUGCCAUUGUAGCUAGCUCGAAAUAUUGUAAAGGAUGAUCAAAGGAAUACUAAAACCACUACCUAAAUUCAGUUGCAACAGUAUAAAUGCACAUCUGAUCCAAGCUUCAAAUUACUAUGUACCAAAUGCUUUCUUAUUCGGCCUUUUGUUAUACAAAGUUCCAGAUGAAAGCACAGCUCCUCAUGAGCAAUGUUCCCUCUAAUUUUUAGUAGUCAGUGUGCGCAAAAAUCUUAUGUUGUGCAAAUUUUUUUCCUGUGACAAAAGUAUGCGCGCACUGAAUGCACACAUGGCACAGUUUAUGUAGGUUUACAAAAUAUUUGACAUAAAACUGCACAGAAUAACAACAAAAUAACAAACAUAUUUAAGUCACUCAGUUAUUUUUUUCCCUCUCCUGUCUUUGGCAUUUACCCAUUCUUUGUAAACUCUAUAGACAAUUGAUGGCUUUUGAUUCUCAUUAACAGAUCCAAAUGACAUUCACCUAAACGGUUCCUCAGCAUGUUUUUGAGUUGAUUCAUUAGGCUAAAACCUCACUCACAGUCCGCACUAGACGCAAGAAAGGUUCCCCCAAUGUCCAUCAACUGUGCAAGGUCGCAAAACUGUUCAUUUUGAAGUACAAAUGCCACCAUUUGAGCAAAGUUUGAAAUCAGUUUGGAUUUAAUUUCUUCUUGCACAGAAAAUUUGAAAUCAUUAAACUGUCUAACUAUUACAAUAUCUUCAGCUAGAAAAUCAUGAUAUUUUAGACAUAAGGCACUAACUUGUUCAUCGCCAAAUGUGAAGUCACAAUCUGCAAUUGCGGAGAAAUCAAAAGCUGACCAUUCUUGUACCUCAUCUUCAGGAAACCUUUCUUCUAAAUGAACACAAAGACUAUUUAUAAAAGUAAACAGCGAACUUGUAUCUACUGUGACGUUUUCUUCACGUUGUUAGCUUAGCAAAACUUUUAACUUUGUCACUCCACAAAACAUUGUCUCCCAGAUACUGCUUUCUAUUCUUGUUAAUUUUGCCUCACGCAAAAUGAAGUGAAUCAAUCGGUGUCAGGCCACUCUUUUGCAGAACCUUGCACAGUGCAGCCAGUUCAUGAAAGACAUCACUCAAAACCUGUAAAGCUACUUUGUAUGUGAUGUUUAUCAAUUUCUUGUGACAGUAUUUAACCACAGGGUCAUUUGACUGAUCUUUUUCAAUAAAAACUUAGUAAGCUAUCUACAGGAUUUGAAACAGAUCUUUGUAAACUUUACGAUAUGAACACUGUCUGCCAAAGAUGGCUGCUGCCGUGAUGCAGCUGUACAAACCGGAACAGGAAAGGUGAGGUGACGUAAAUUAGUGACGUGCAUUGUGGUAUUUGAAAAACCGACUAACUAGUUAACAGAAACAGUUAGCUAAAAGAUUAUUUUCAAUAAGUAUAAUUAUUAACUACUACAUUAUUUUAGGUAACUAACCUUUUGUGCGCACAUUAAUUUCCUUGGUGCGCUGGUUGAAAAACGUGUGCGCACAGCUUAGAGGGAACAUAGCUCAUGAGUCACGCGUGAUUCUGGUUGUACGGCAGCCCAGUUCUGAGCUCAGCCCAUUGCUGGCUAGCCACAUCACCACUGAUUACUCUGGAGAAGUUUGUGUUUUGCAGUGAUUUGGAGGAAGCUGUUUUCUGUCCGGGGCUUGGUACCGCAUUCUACGGUUGCUGUUAACUUCUAAAGUUCAGUCAUGCAAAAUUAAAGGGAAAGACCCUCAAUGUCAUUAACUGCUUUUUAUCUUGUUAAAAAGGUAUCCCUCACUUUUUUCUGGGACAAAUGUUCGCUGGGAAAUACUCAGAUCUCAGUCACCUAACAGGCCAUUCAUUGUGCUCAGAUAAGUACAGAAGAAAAUAGGAGCUGCAACAGGCCAUUUGGCCCCUCAGGGCUGAUCCACCAUUCACUGCAAUUGUGCCCCAACUCACCUCUCUGCCAGUUCCCAAUGCCCUCAAUCCCCUGGUAUUUCAGAAGUCCUCUUUAAGUACCCCCAAUAAUAUAACUUCCACAGUCCUUCAGAGAGCCACCACCUCUCCAAGAAGGUACUUAUACAACUCAGUUUUAAAUGAUCACCCCUGAUCUGUCAUUCAGUCACCUUCUAUAAGACUCUCCCAUUUGAGAGAACAUCAUAAACAUUAACCCUGUCAUGCACCCGAUAUUGCAACAAGAUCAUCCCCUCGUUUUGCAGCAUAGUAGUGUGGCAACUAUCAUUACACUUUACAGUGCUAGCAAAAAGUCCAAUUCCCGCUGCUGUCUUUAAGGAAUUUGUAUGUUCUCCUUGUGACUGAUUGGGUUUCCUCUGGGUGCUCCAGUUUCCUCCCACAUUCCAAAGACUUGCAGGUUAGGGUUAGUGAAUUGUGGGCAUGUUAUAUUGCCGCUGAAAGCAUUGUGGCAUUUGUAAGCUGUGUUGGUCGUUGAUACAAAAGACACAGUUCGCUGUAUGUUUAGAUAUACAUGACAAAUAAAUAAUGUAGCUCUGAUCAUUUAGUGAUUUUAGAAGGCAGUAAUCGUUUGAAGGCACCUGGCUCAUAAAUUCUUUCAGCGUAGCUUUCAUCCAUGGGUUGUCACUAAGAGUGGCCACUUGUUUUUAACUCUUUUGACAGUGAAGUCAAUUGCAGUAUCUUCACCCAAAGGUGAGAUCAACUAAUGUGACUUGGAUUAAGACCUAGACCUUCCUGCUUUGUAUAGCGUUGUAUAACUUUGGGCAUGCCAUCUACGUAUGCUCAACUGAGAUUUUGUCUUAUAGCCAUCAGACUUAGAAGCAGAAUUAAGCCAUUCUGACCCAGUUUUGCUCCACAAGGAUCUGCCAAGAUCCAUGUUCUCAGUAAGAACCUCCUUAAAUUUCAUAUAUAUUUUCUAAUAGAUCUGACACAAUUUCAUCUUACUGGAUGUCUCACCUGUCUUUAAUUCAAUUAAGAUAUCUGUGUAGCCUCUGUAAGUAACUCAAAGGUACCUUGAUGAAGACUUAGAAUGAGGUAGUUACAGCUGAUGGGAAGUCUUAAUUAUUCCUGUUAAAU